AUGUUUUGUGUUGGUUCCACGAAACUCCGUCAGGCGGUGGCGCUCUUCACCAUUAAAAGCUUCCGAGCACGGCAAAAGAUACUGUUGACACCACAAAAUUUGGACUCCGUCUUCACGGAGAAGUUGGACCCGCAGGACCGUCUGCUGCGACAGUCGAGUGUCGGCCCAGGCGCUAGUCGCAUUUUGGUGCUUGAUAAGAACCAACGGGUGCGCGGGGUGUACCAUCCCCUGCUGUGCUUGCCGUACCCGCUGAAUGGCGAUGGCGUCUUGGGAAUCCCUGUUGAGUCGUAUCUGCAGCGCAUUCAGCAAAAAAAGCAGUCAAAUGGUGACUCGACGGAGGGAUGUGCAUUUAUUGUGGUCGCUCAUGCAAAUGGUCUUGGCAUUGCGGUUUAUGCGGCAGAUGGGAAUGCUUGUUUCCCAUUAGUGAACGUAAAGCUUCCGGCGCAGCGGUGUACGGGUCGAGGCAUGAUGAAUGAGCGCGACAUGGUUCCUUUUAUAGGAACGACAAGUCUUGUGGAAGAUUUUGCAGAGAUUAUGGCAGAGAACUACAGAGAAUACAUACACUUUUGCAGUACCUUCUUUUUCUUGGCCAACCCCAAUACUUCCAUCUCGUUCCAUGCUAUGAGGUCAGCAUGGAAAUUGCGGGGCUACACUGACACGUCACCGUUGAGUUUUACCGACAAUCGGUGGGUGCCGCUGCCAGACAUCGUUGCACAACGGGAUCCUAGCUUGCCGCUCUACUGCCGUGAUGAUGGGGGUGACAAGGUGGUGAGUAUAAAGGGACUCGCCGCGGGGGUAAAGGUGGGAAUGUUAGAACUCGAUACAUGA